AUGCCGCUUCUUCCUCUCGCGAACGCGAAUGCCUAUGCCAACUGGGUGCAAGCAAAUGCAAAUGAAGAGGGUUUUGUGAAUGGCAUCUGGAGCUCCAUCCUAAAUACACAUUUUCAGGCGCAAAUUCGAACUCUUAACUAUUCCAUUAAUCCCGAGGUCCACCUGAACCAUGGAUUCACCGAUCUGCUUGUUACCCGCAACAAUCACGUCAUUCCGCCAACUGUGAAGUGGCAGAUCAUCUUCGAGGGAAAAGCUGGGAAUGGCAUGAACUACCAGAAUACGCUCAACCAGCUCGACGGAUAUGCGCAACAAGUUCAGGGAGGGGGAGGAUGGUGUUACCUUAUUGCGGCAAAAGGCGGAACUUGCAUGUUCUGGAAAUGGGUGAAAAACUCCUUGUGGCAUGUUCAGCCUAUGGGAAUCAAUGCGGCGGGCAAUGUAGCGUUCCUCACUCAGCAACCGCAGAUCCCCCUUCCGGUCUCCCAGGAGUACGAUAUCGUGAAUGAUCAAGCCGAAAUCCUUACUAUGUUAAACUAUAUCACGGCCAACCCACAGGUUUAG